AUUUCAAUUUAACAAACAUUAAAAUACUGUCAGCAAUGAAUCUAAUCGCGGAACGUUCAUCGAAAACGAUUCGAGCGAACGAAGAUCAUUUCAAUUAUGCGGUGCAAGUGACUCGCGUUAUUCUGCGAAUGAUCGGUAUAUGGCCGAUCUCGAGAUUCGCAUCCAACGCGGAAAAAAUCGCCAUCCGUUUGCAGAUUGUUGUUUGUUAUUUUUUAUUUGCGUUUAUUAUCGUGCCGGGUCUUCUUUUAGUAUUCCUAAAGGAACAUGAUUUUAAACGAAGGUUCAGAAUGAUGGGACCACUUCUGAACUGUUGGAUAUGUUGUGUGAAGUACAGUCUAUUCGUUUAUCAUGCGAAAAAAAUCCGAUCGUGCCUGGAACAGGCACGACAGGAUUGGCAAAACGCCGUUAACUGGACAGAUCGGAAAGCGAUGCUGCCCAAGGCGAGAACGGGUCGAAAAUUUGCCAUCUACUCUGCCCUCUUCAUGUACGUCGCCGGGCUAUCUCAUCGUACUAUCAUGCCGCUCUCGAAAGGACGAAUGUUGACGCCGAUGAACACUACGGUAAGAGCUCUCGCGUGCCCCAGUUAUUUUGUCAAGUUCGAUGAGCAAGCCUCGCCGGCGUACGAAAUCGUCUUUAUCCUGCAAUUUUUCGCGGGGUUUCUCACCUAUUCGAUGACGUGCGGCCCGGCCGGGUUAGCGGCGUUCUUCAUUAUGCACGUUUGCGGACAGCUGAGUAUCUUGAUCGGCAAACUGCAGCAUCUCAACAACAUGACGGAGCCCGAGGAUCGAGCUGUCGCAACUUUGCUGGCCGACAUUGUGGAACAUCAAAUAAGAGUAAAAAAUUUUUUGAAACAAGUAGAGGAAGCUAUGCAAUUUAUGUGGUUAGUGGAAAUAGUAGGAUCUACUAUACUCUUAUGUCUCGCGGGAUAUUACGUUAUUAUGGAAUGGGAAAAAAGCGAUUCUACAGCAAUGUUAACUAUGUUUGUGAUGCUCACAUCUUUCAUUAUUGCCAUUUUUACUAAUUGUUAUGUCGGUCAACUUUUGACAGAUCAGAGCAUCAAGCUUGGAUUGAUAACAUCUACGAUGAAUUGGCAUCGUCUUCCGUAUAAAAGAGCUCGUACUUUAAUCCUGAUAAUGGCAGUUUCCAAUAUUCCGGCAAAAAUCACCGCAGGCAGAAUGAUAGAGAUGUCUCUACCCACAUUCAGUAAUGUAAGUAUAAAAGUUUCUCUCCAUAUCAUGUUCGAAUCCGCGGGUUUACACAAUUCCAAUUAUGAGGACGACAUAAGAUAUACCGUGCAAGUGCACAGACUGAUCUUGGGAUUGAUCGGCGUGUGGCCGAUUUUGGAAAAACCCCGGCUUCGAAAGAGACUUUUGAAGGGAGUCCUCCGGACGGUGUGUUGCUUCCUGCUAUCCUUCAACCUGAUACCGUGGGCGUUGUACAUGUUUCUGAUCUUGGAUACGUUCAAGAGCAGACUGAAAAUGGUCGGUGCGCUCUGUUUUUACAGUAUGGUGCCCGCCAUGUAUUGCACGCUUAUGUUACGGGAGGAUAGUAUCAGGGAAUGCGUGAAACACAUAGAGAAGGACUGGCAAAAUGUCCGAGACGCGAACGACCGUAGAAUUAUGCUGGAUCGGGCGAAAGCCGGGCGUUUCAUUCUGAUUUGCACUACGCUAUUUCUGUUCACCAGCGGCUUUACUUACCGUUUGAUACAGCCGAUAGUUCGCGGCAAGAUCGUUGUCAAUGGGAACAUCACUAUCAGACCGUUGGUGCAAGGCAAUUACUUCAUUUUUUUUGAUCCGCAACACAGUCCCGCUUAUGAGAUCGUGUUCUCGAUGCAUUUAUUGACCGGUAUCGUCAUAUAUGUCGUUAUGGCGAGUGUUUGUGGCGUCACCGCGUUGUUUACUAUGCACGCUUGCGGACAACUCGAGAUGCUGGCCGCUUGGCUGGAAAAUCUGUCAAACGAGGAUCAGUGGUCGAAAAACCAUGCCGUUGCUCGAAGAUUGGCAGCGAUCGUCAUGCAUCAUAUAAGGAUACGUAGAUUUUUACAUCGCAUACAAAAUCUCGUAGGAGACAUGUGUUUUAUUGAGAUUAUUGGCAGCACUUUAAUAUUAUGUCUGCUAGGAUAUUACGUGAUAACGGGAUGGGAACGGAACGAUGCACUCUCCUUUCUAACAUAUGCCAUAAUGCUCACAUCUUUUACCUUUAAUAUUUUUAUAUUGUGUUACAUAGGGGAAAUUUUAAGUAGUCAGGGGAGUAAAGUAUACAUAACUUGUUGUACAAUCGAUUGGUAUUGGCUGCCUAGUAAACAAGCUCGUUAUCUUAUCCUAGUGAUUGCCAUGGCCAAUUAUCCUACGAAGCUCACGGCGGGUAAAGUGAUAGAUCUUUCAUUCAGCAGUUUCGGUGCCGUUGUUAGAACCGCGAUGGCGUAUUUAAAUUUGCUGCGGACAGUCACUGUGUAAUCGCGUAAUAUAAUAUUAUAUGUAAAAAGCCAUGCUUAUAUGAUUAUAUUAUAU